CAAACUUGUUACCUCUUAUCGCUUCAUCACUGGUCCAUCUGUAGUUCCUGGCUACUUCUCAGUUGAAACUGAAAAUGUUGUGCUAGUUCUGAAUGGAAGAGAAAAAGCAAAGAUCACUUACGCCACUCAGUGGUUGCAUUACGCACAAACAUUAAUUCAGACUCGCAAAAUACAGCAUGUAGCGGUUGUGCUGCUUGGAAAUGAGCAGUGCAGCAAUGAAUGGAUUCAACCAUACCUGAAAAGAAAUGGAGGAUUUGUAAAUCUACUCUUUGUUACGUAUGACUGUGCGUUAGUAAAUGAAGAAGAUGUUUUCCAAUGGCCUUUAGGAGUGGCUACGUACAGAAAUUUUCCAGUUGUAGAACCCAGCUGGUCAAUGCUACGUGAUCCAAGAUCAUAUAUAUGUAAUUUCUUAGGAACAGUUUAUAAGAACUCUUCUAGAGAGGCUCUAAUGGAAAUUCUGAAGCAGGAUGGGCUUGACAAACUUUGCUGGAUUGCAGCCAGAGAACAGUGGCAGCCUCAAGAGACAAAUGAAAGUUUCAAAAACUAUCAAGAUGCCUUGCUGCAGAGUGAUUUGACGUUGUGCCCAGUGGGAAUAAAUACAGAAUGCUAUAGAAUUUAUGAAGCUUGUUCAUAUGGAUCUCUGCCUGUUAUAGAAGAUGUAAUGACACCGGGUGAUUGUGGAAAUUCAUCAGUGUACAACAGUGCUCCAUUACAAUUAUUAAAAACCAUGGGGGCUCCAUUUAUCUUUAUUAAAAACUGGAAAGAGCUUCCUGCUCUUCUAGAGAAAGAAAAAAAAAUGAGUUUACAAGAAAAGAUUCAAAGGAGAAAAAAGCUUAUAGAAUGGUAUCGAAACUUCAAAGCAUGGAUGAGACAGAAGUUCAUUAAUAUUUUGGAAAAUUCAUUUCUGCCCAGUGAUAAAGGAUAAAUUGUCCCUUUUGAAAAUCUAGAAUAGAUUGAAAGCUUAAUUUCCAUUAACUUUCGGAUGAAGCUUUUAUACAAAUCUCAUAGGGCAGGUGCAUUCCUUUUGAAGUCAACAGAAUUGCGCUAGCUUGGCCAAGAGCUAUGUUUGGCUCUCCAUCCUUAGCAAUUUUCAGAGAGGUUGUUGACUUAUCAGGAUGGUAGUUUUUAAGGAUGACAACAAUUUUAUGACUAUUUUUACCAUUUCCAUAUUGGUGUGACCUGAUAAAUUUUUUUGUCGGAGAGUGUCUUUGAACAUGUGGACUUGUUGAAAUCCAACAUAAGAACAACAGUUGUGCUUGAAGAAGAGAGAAGAAUGAAAUCUGUAUGGUACAGAGUAAUUUAUUAUGUAGAUUAAAGAAGAAAAGUAUGAUUAUAGCCAGAAUGCCAGGUUUAGCACAGUCAUUAAGAUAUAUCCUGGUAAGUGCUUUUUUUGAAAAUUAACCAUUUCCUUGACAGACAUUUCAUUUCCAAGGAAGUGGUCAUAAAGCUAAUUAAACACUGUGGAAUAAAAAUGUGUAUUUCAAAGUA